AUGAACUUGAAGUCAUCCAAAUUCCCAAAAAAUACUUCAGUCCGAUCAACUGCUUUGCCGCAAGUCAACACUUCUCGGUCGUCUGUUCUAGACCUAGCCAACACCCUUCCCACUAGGCUCCGGGAUUUGAAAUUGGACUGGAAACAAGCAUCUUCUAUUGCUACCACUAACUUUUCUUUGGAUCCCACUCCAAAUGACUAUUUUGAAGACGACUUCGAAGACGCAUGGGGAGAUCUAGACGCUGAUGGUGAUGACGCAGCGCAUCGAAGCAAGAUUGCUCAGCCUGUUGUGGAGCAACAAACCCAUCCCAAAAACCAGGCGAGCCAGUUAGAAUACAAUAUUGCACUAGCACCGGUAUUAUGUCCAUCAAUUAAGUGCUACAAGUGCGGAUGGCUCUCUCAAUACCAAAUUCGGGAUAUGCGGAUGCCAGCUCAACAGCAACCCCAUCUAGUUGCCCCAAAUUCAAAAGCAACUCAGACACAUUUAAAAAUUGCUACAUGUGUUAAAUGCAACUCGGGGCAAUGUCUGGCUUGUGGCAAGGCUCCUCAUCUUGCGGAGUGUAUUUUUGCCGAUUCUCGCAUCGUUUGGCAGGCUCUCCUCUCCGUCGAUACGGCAAUGGUCCAGUUUCGCUAUGUAUCUCCAACACUCGCAGAAGUUGAAAAUCCAAAGAACAUGUAUUCAGCGCUCUUAGAAGCUCUUACAACUAUCCUGGCUGUCGUACCAAGAAGUGGGCCACUUACAUUCGGAUUGUACGAACUGCUCCGUAAUAGUCUGAUUCUGGAUCUAGUUGCGGAUAUUGUGAGAGAUAUGACGGUUCAAAAUAUCCAACUGUCGCCACUCCUUAUUCAAACCUGGGAGUUUUUUCACAUGAUUGCCGAGCGCAGUGAACUUGUCGACUUGUUCUUCCAAAACCGACAGGUGCUAAAUGGGGCGUCACCUGGGCUCCAGCAGCUAGCUUUUCCUCUGGUACUUCUACCAAUUCAGCAAGCCUCUAAUAUCAAUACAGACUUUCACCAAGCUAAGAGGGUACUUGAUGUCUAUGCCAUCGUGGCUAGUAGAGUUGUUCCGAGUAUUGUUGUUCCCAGAAAAAUACAUUGUACUCAGCACGAAGCGGGAUAUGCGGCUGGUGUCAGGGAUCUCUACCGACUUGUGGUCAUCAGAAACAUUGAAGCAAAGGAGAAAAGUGCCCAGGAAGAUAGCAGUAUGGACAUUGAUCCACCUAGAAAGAAGCAUGGUCGUGCCCGUCAAGAAGGCCAAGGUCAGGACCAGGAUGGUAGGAGGGAUGGAGAGGGAGGAAAGAGAAGAAAGAUUAUCGGAAUCUAG